UCCAGCUCCAAACACCAGCGCAUUACUUAUAGAGCGCAAUAACCCAAGCGCACAUAACCAGCACCGUCUAAAUACCACAACAGGAGUUUCACCUUCUUAUAGAAGAUUGAUUGAAUUGAUUUAAGCAGUUUAUAUAUCCUCAACCUCGUGGGAAUAAAAUGAAGGGCACUGGACAGUGGAGCUUUGUUCCUGUGUUGCUGUUGUGUUUCCUGAACGUCUCACUUUCAGACUCUUUCCCAAAGGCUCAGAAUGUCACUUGGGUUUCUUUCAAUUUCAAGACGUUAUUAACAUGGACACCGAAACCAACCAACUAUUCCUACACUGUGGAAUAUUCAAAACUUGGUGAGGACAAUCAAAGGGCCAGUCACUGCAUACAGACGACAGAAACCGUAUGUGAUCUCACAGCUGUACUCACAGAGCUAAAAAGCAAGUACAGUGCAGAUGUUCUGUCCGAAGCUUUGAAGGGCAUGUCCUCUGAUCUCAUUGAAUUCCCCCGCACAGCAUCUGAGCUUUUCUGCCCCUAUCAAGACACCAUCAUCGGCAGUCCUACAUUUAAUUUUGAGAUGAGGAAUGAGGAACGGAAGAUAAUCCUGAACAUAGAAGAUAUCCUAACAGCAGUUUUUGAUGAACAGAAAAGGCAGCUAACGGUUCAGGAUAUAUUUAAAAAUGAUCUGCGAUACCAGGUCACUUACAGUAAAGCCAAGAGCUCAGGAAAGAAACUGAAGAUAAGUACAAGCAGAAAGAUAGAGCUCACAGAUCUGGACAGAGGAGAGAGUUACUGCUUCAGUGUGCAAGUUUACCUUCCCUCCCGGAGUAUUAACAAAUAUGGAGAGUUAAGUCAGGUUCAGUGCUCUUCAGAAGUGGACCCAUCUAUUUUAAAUGACUCUUUCCCAAAGGCUCAGAAUGUCACUUGGGUUUCUUUCAAUUUCAAGACGUUAUUAACAUGGACACCGAAACCAACCAACUAUUCCUACACUGUGGAAUAUUCAAAACUUGGUGAGGACAAUCAAAGGGCCAGUCACUGCAUACAGACGACAGAAACCGUAUGUGAUCUCACAGCUGUACUCACAGAGCUAAAAAGCAAGUACAGUGCAGAUGUUCUGUCCGAAGCUUUGAAGGGCAUGUCCUCUGAUCUCAUUGAAUUCCCCCGCACAGCAUCUGAGCUUUUCUGCCCCUAUCAAGACACCAUCAUCGGCAGUCCUACAUUUAAUUUUGAGAUGAGGAAUGAGGAACGGAAGAUAAUCCUGAACAUAGAAGAUAUCCUAACAGCAGUUUUUGAUGAACAGAAAAGGCAGCUAACGGUUCAGGAUAUAUUUAAAAAUGAUCUGCGAUACCAGGUCACUUACAGUAAAGCCAAGAGCUCAGGAAAGAAACUGAAGAUAAGUGAAGAUGCAAGCAGAAAGAUAGAGCUCACAGAUCUGGACAGAGGAGAGAGUUACUGCUUCAGUGUGCAAGUUUACCUUCCCUCCCGGAGUAUUAACAAAUAUGGAGAGUUAAGUCAGGUUCAGUGCUCUUCAGAAGUGGACCCAUCUAUUUUAAAUGAUUACAGCCCUGCAGUAAUCGGUGGAGGUAUACUUUUCAUCAUUGCCAUAAUCUCAGCUGUGAUUGCUGCCAUAGUUAUUUGCAGCAAACAACGUCGGGAAGCAAAAACUAGAGGAAAAGAGGGAGUACCUUUAAAGGGCGUGUGAGAACUUCUCUGCACUCAUAAACUCACACUCAUGGGAAAGCAUGGUACAGAACUGGACUCACCCUUUCAAAUCACACUUAUUGCAACAAUACAGUGUAAAACUGUAAAUCAUGUAGUUUCUGUGAAACUAAACAAGAUAAACAUUACACAUAGAAUUUACUAAUGGGUGUUUGCAGAUGUUCUUUUUUUUUUCCAUCGGUACAUUCAAUCAUUGGGAUUAUCUACUGUAUUUUAUAUUUAAUAAGCACUGUCUUUUGUAACAACAGAACUACUUUUAUAAUAGAUAUUUUAUUUUUCUAGCUUUAGAUAAGUGAUAUAUGUAUAUUAGUUUAUAGUAAAAUCAUAUUUAUUGUUUUAUUAUUGUUGUUUGUAUAUUGUUUGUAAAAUAUACAGUGGAGAGAUUUACAUUACAUAUAAACAUACAUACACUACACAAAUCUUUUGUUAGACAACUGGCAAAAAUGUGAAAUAUGUAGAAAAGGGUACAAAGCUUUUCAUUUCAUUUUGAACUUCAAAAUAAAUUUUUCAAGAUCA